AUGCGCCCCAAACCCCUUUCCACGACUCGGCGCAGAUAUCACCACUCGCUCGAUCCUAGCUCCGCCAAUACCACCGAGCCUACAGACUCAUCCUCGCAAGGUGACGCAAACGACCGAGUUAGCCCUCCAACAACAUUUGCUAGCAAGCUCCAGAUCCCCCAAGAAGGCCAUUAUAUAAAGCCCCCAGGACGCCCCAGCCAACAAAAAGUCAACUCCAACAACAUCAUCCCCAAAUCCCACCUCCCUUCCCACCACGCACACAAAAAGCACCCACCACCACCAAAAGCAACCAUGAAGUUCGCCGCCCUCGCCCUCCUCGCCCUCUCGGGCACCCACGCGGCCAUCCUCCCCCGCGCAGGCGACCACGACCUCCCCAAGUGCCUCAACGACGUCACCGGCUCCAUCACCAAGCUCGACGCCGAGACCAAGGCCUUCGAAGGCACCAUCCAGCCCGUCGUCAACGCCACCGACGCCGUCACCGCCAACAUCCAGACCUGCCAGGCCAUCGUCGACAACUCGGACCCCAUCGGCCUCGCCGGCGCCCUGGUGCUCCUCAAGCCCGUCCAGGAGAUGGACAAGUCGGCCAAGAGACUCCUCGACGCCGUCAAGGAAAAGGUCGACGCCGUCAAGAAGGCCAAGAAGUGCGGCCUGGCGCGCGAGAAGAUCGGCGCCCUGUGCACCGCCGGCCGCGCCCUCACCCAGUCCAUCUGCAACAAGAUCAGCCACAGCAUGGCCAGGAACAUCGCCAAGCGACACGCCGCCAAGAUUGAGAAUCUGCUCACCCAGUCGCAGGAAUUGUUUGAGCAGGGCAAGUGCGACGACGCGGAGUAG